GUCACUUUGGCGCGAAUACUGUCAGAAACUGCAGGUCUUUCCAGAGGAGCCCACCGCCGCUUUGCUCUUAUUUUAGCUAAUACGUGUACUUUUAUAGUUUACGACAGCUUACCGUAACGGUGUUCAUCAAGAAAAUGAUCGGACAGAAAACUAUUCAUUCAUUUUUUUCACCUGUCUCGAAGAAGAGAUUUUCGGAGGACGUAAAUGAGACCAAGGAGGAUGCCAAAGACCCGAAGAAGCAGAAGUCCUCAGCGGUGGAUCCGGAGCCGUCCAGGCCGCCUCCUGCUCCUCUGUCCCCGGAGCAACUAGACAGGAUCGCCCGCAACAAGCAAGCAGCGAUACAGAAACUCGCUUCCGCUCAGACCCCUCCAGGGUUUGGGGAAGGCUGGAGAAAGGAACUGUCGGCUGAGUUUGGAAAGCCCUACUUUAAAAGGCUGAUGAACUUUGUCUCUGAAGAGAGAAAACGCCACACUGUGUAUCCUCCUGCUGAACAGGUCUUCAGCUGGACUCAGAUGUGUGACAUCCGAGAUGUCAAGGUGGUGAUUCUUGGCCAGGAUCCAUAUCAUGGUCCUAACCAAGCACAUGGAUUGUGCUUUAGUGUCAAAAGACCAGUGCAUCCUCCACCCAGCCUGGAGAACAUGUACAAAGAGCUGGUAUCGGACAUUGAAGGCUUUGAGCACCCUGGACAUGGAGAUCUGACUGGAUGGUCCCAACAAGGUGUGCUGUUGCUCAACGCUGUGUUGACCGUCCGAGCGCACCAGGCCAACUCCCACAAAGACCAAGGCUGGGAGACCUUCACUGACGCUGUGGUGCAUUGGCUCAGCAACAACCUGGAAGGCCUUGUCUUCAUGCUGUGGGGAUCAUAUGCUCAGAAGAAAGGAGCUGCUAUUAACAGGAAACGCCACCAUGUCCUGCAGACUGUGCAUCCCUCUCCCUUGUCUGCUCACAGAGGAUAUUUUGGGUGCAGGCAUUUCUCAAAGGCCAACGAGCUGCUAAAGAAGUCUGGAAAGGCUCCAAUAAACUGGAAGGCACUUUAAGUUCAUGUUUUCUAACAAACAGACCAAAACCUGCCCAUAAGCUUUCACUGUCUUCCUGUUCGAGCAGUAGUGUGAGCAAAGAUUUCUCUACGAAAGAGUUCAUGUUGGUAGUUUAAACUUUUGUUUUGUGCCAUACACUGAAUUUCCUCAAACUGUUGUUUCAGCAUUGUAAAUAUGUUUGUAUCUUUUUUUACUUU